UCUUUAAAAGGCUGUAUCCUCUUGGUCCUAAGCUUUUGAGGAGCGCCAUGGCCAUUUUUUCCGCUCCUAGCCUUUCUUCUCUUCCUUUAAUCUGAUUAAUUUUACCACCGUCCUACAGAUUUAAAAUAAAAUUAUUAAAAAAAAAAAAAAAAGGACGGCAAGAUGGCUGAGAUGGGCAAGGGAGUCACUGCAGGGAAAAUAGCCAGCAACAUGCAGAAGAAGCUCACCAGGGCCCAAGAGAAGGUCCUCCAGAAACUUGGCAAAGCUGAUGAAACAAAAGAUGAGCAAUUUGAACAGUGUGUGCAAAACUUUAACAAACAGCUGACAGAAGGAUCCAAGCUACAGAAGGAUCUCCGGACCUACCUGACUUCAGUUAAAGCAAUGCAUGAAGCCUCCAAGAGACUUACAGAGUGUUUGCAAGAAGUAUAUGAACCCGAUUGGCCAGGAAGGGAUGAAAGUAACAAAAUAGGAGAGAAUAAUGACUUGCUUUGGACAGACUUCCAUCAGAAACUGGUAGAUCAGGCAUUGCUGACUAUGGACACCUAUCUUGGCCAGUUCCCAGACAUAAAGUCUCGCAUUGCUAAACGGGGAAGGAAACUUGUAGACUAUGACAGUGCCAGGCAUCAUUAUGAAUCUCUUCAAACUGCAAAGAAGAAAGAUGAGGCUAAAAUUGCCAAGCCUGUGUCGUUGCUUGAGAAAGCCGCGCCUCAGUGGUGCCAAGGGAAGCUACAAGCGCACCUCGUAGCUCAGACUAACCUACUGCGGAAUCAGGCUGAAGAAGAAUUAGUAAAAGCCCAGAAAGUAUUUGAAGAGAUGAACAUUGAUCUUCAGGAAGAACUGCCUUCACUAUGGAAUAGUCGUGUUGGUUUCUAUGUCAACACGUUCCAGAGUAUUGCUGGCUUAGAAGAGAAUUUUCAUAAGGAGAUGGGCAAGUUAAACCAAAACCUGAAUGAUGUCCUUGUGACUCUAGAGAAAGAACAUGCAACAAGCACCUAUCCUGUUAAAGCUCAGCCAAGUGACAGCACCAAAGUAAACAAAACUCCUUCAUCUCCACCUGAUGGGACUCCCAUCACCAGCCCUGAGAUCAAGGCCGUCAACCAUGAACCAGAGCCAUCCACUCUGGAAGCUCCUGGGGGAGGCAUCCCCAAGUCUCCCUCUCAGUUGAGGAAAGGCCCUCCUGUGCCACCACCUCCAAAACUCACUCCAUCCAAGGAGAUGAAGCAGGAGAACAUCAUCAACCUGUUUGAUGACAAUUUUGUCCCAGAGAUCAGUGUGACAACCCCCUCACAGUUUGAUGCCCCUGGGUCCUUCCAGGAGGGAGCCAGCCUAUUGGAUCUGGAUUUUGAUCCCAUUAAACCAGAUAACAACCUUGUAGGGAAGUCGCCCACACCUGCUACUCAGCCUACAGAAGCCACUCCUGGUGAGGCUGAGGGAGCUGGCAAAGAAGAAACAGCUGGAGCUGAAGCAGCUGCUAAACCCGAAACUGAUUCAGGAUCUGCCUCAAGUUCUCUGCCAACUGUAGUUGUGGAGACUUUCCCUGCCACAGUUAAUGGAACCGAUGAGAAUAGAGCCGUCUCUGAGAGGUCUGACAUGCCACCAGGGUUUCUCUUCAAGGUACAAGCCAUGCAUGAUUAUGCUGCUACUGACAGUGAUGAAUUGCAGCUAAAGUCUGGAGAUGUGGUCUUGGUGGUUCCAUUUGAAAAUCCAGAUGAGCAGGAUGAAGGAUGGCUGAUGGGUGUGAAAGAGUCUGAUUGGCUUCAGCACAAAGCAUUUGACCAAUGCCGGGGAGUUUUCCCAGAGAAUUUCACUGAGCGGGUGCAGUGAGGUCUUGCAGCUCCUUAGAAAGCAAGAGGUGUCUUCUCCCCCUCCUCCUGAGGAAGGUCUAAAAAAAAUAAUUGAAAGAAUGUUUUUUUUAAAGCAGCUUAAAGGUUGGAUUCUUCACAGAGAACAAUGUUUUAGAAGUCCACUGAAUCAAAGUAUUAUCAAAGAUAUAGAUAAUAAAGAAAGACAGGUUGGGAAAAAUCCUUUUUCUGUUUGAGUUAAAUAAGGUCAAUUCAGAAGGUUGUCACUGAGUGGUGGAGCGAUGUUGUGUGAAAUAGGAUGUGCUCAGCAUUGUAAGCUGUGAAUCCUAGCAGUCCUGUUCUCCUGAAACUACACAAUAAAGUUUUAUCUUGUGGGAAGGCACGGUCAA